CUGGUGUUCGGAUGGCCUGGGUCCCAAUUCUGCCUCAACUGCUUGUUUGACUAUGCAAAUGAUGGUAGAUAAAUAGAUGGGUGGCAGGGAGGUGGGUAGAUAGGCAAGAGUUUUGGGUGCUGGGUGCUGCGCUAAGUAUUUUACACUUAUUACCCACUUUAUCUUCACAACAACUCCAUGGAUAGCUAUUAGUAUUUUCUUCAAUGAAAGAAGAAGAAAUGGAGGUUUAGAGCGGUCAUAGCACCUGAGUGGUAGAGCCAGAUCUCAAACUCAGGUCUGUUCUACUCCAAGCUUGAAACUACCCGCUACCUUAGGACACCCUACUGAGAUUCAGAUACUGAGUUUCUUCAUGAAAUGAGGAUUACUGGGUGGGCAGUGUGGUUUCCAAGCCUUUUUAGCAAGCGUAAAUUUAAAAAUAGGAUACGGAACCCGCACAUGCAGAAGCCUACCGAAAGGUGCCAGAACUUAGGCCUGCUCCUCAUCUGCCCCCUCAGCGCCCCCGCCUCUCUGGCCGCUCCAUGGCCCUGGCCAACCUCACGACGGCCCCAGAAUUCCUCCUCCUCGGCCUGGUGGAUGGAACAGACAUCCACCCGCUGCUCUUCCUGCUCUUCCUCGGCAUCUACCUGCUCAAUGCCCUGGGCAACCUGGCUAUGGUGGUGGUGGUGAGGUCGGAUGGGGCCCUCCGCUCCCCCAUGUACUAUUUCCUGGGUCACCUGAGCCUCGUGGACGUCUGCUUUACCACUGUCACGGUCCCCAGACUGCUGGCCGGCUUGCUCCACCCGCGCCAGGCCGUGUCCUUCCAGGGAUGCUUUUCCCAGAUGUACUUCUUCGUGGCUCUGGGCAUCACCGAGAGCUACCUGCUGGCAGCCAUGUCCUACGACCGCGCGGUGGCCAUCUGCCGCCCCCUGCACUACUGCGCGGUCAUGACGCCCCGGCGCUGCGCGGCGCUGGUGACCACGUCCUGGGCGGUGGCCCACCUGCACUCGCUGCUGCACACGCUGCUCAUCUCGGCGCUUUCCUACCCGUGCCCCGCCCCUGUGCGCCACUUCUUCUGUGACAUGACGGUGAUGCUGAGCUUGGCGACCUCGGACACGGCGACCGCGGAGGCUGCCAUCUUCUCUGAGGGCCUGGCCGUGGUGCUCACCCCGCUGCUCCUCGUGUCGCUGUCCUACGCGCGCAUCCUCGUCGCGGUGCUGGGAGUACGGGCGGCCGGGGGCCGGCGCCGCGCCUUCGCCACCUGCGGGGCCCACCUGGUGGUGGUGUCGCUUUUCUUCGGCUCUGUCCUCUCCGUCUAUUUCCGGCCGUCCUCCGCCUACUCAGCCCUCUAUGACCGCCUGGCCAGCGUGGUCUAUGCUGUGCUCACACCGACCUUGAACCCUUUCAUCUACAGCCUUCGCAACAAGGAGGUCAAGGGCGCCCUGAAAAGGGGGCUCAGAUGGAGGGCUGCACCCCAAGAGGUGUGA